AAAUAGAUCCUUUCAAAAACAUGGGCACCUCCAUUUUUCUCCUCCGCCUUAUACUUUCCUUCUUUCUUCUUUUCACUUUCUUCCUCGAAGCUGUUCAUGGCACCAAAAAGUGUUACAUCGUAUACUUGGGAACACACUCUCAUGCUUCCAACCCUACUUCUCUUGACCUACAAACUGCUACGUAUUCUCAUUAUCAUUUACUAGCUUCAACCCUCCGAAGUGAGGAGAAAGCGAAAGAAGCGAUUAUUUACUCAUACAACAGACACAUAAAUGGGUUUGCAGCACUGCUGGAAGAGGAAGAAGCAGCAGAUAUUGGCAAAAACCCUAACGUGUUGUCUGUGUUCUUGAGCAAAAAACAUGAACUGCAUACUACCCGCUCAUGGGAAUUUCUUGGACUACACAGAAAUGGGAAGAACUCUGCAUGGCAAAAGGGAAGCUUUGGUGAAAAUACAAUAAUCGCAAACAUCGACACUGGUGUUUGGCCAGAGUCAGAGAGCUUCAGUGAUAAAGGAUAUGGUCCUGUUCCCUCCAAAUGGCGUGGGGGUAAUGUUUGUCAGAUUAACAAACUUCCACGCUCUCAGACAAAUCUAUGCAACAGAAAGUUGAUAGGAGCAAGAUUCUUCAACAAAGCUUUCGAGGCUUACAAUGGCGAACUUGUUCCCUCGCUGCAAACAGCGCGUGACUUCAUGGGACACGGCACUCACACUCUAUCAACCGCUGGGGGCAAUUUUGUGGGAGGCGCAAGCGUAUUUGCGGUGGGUAACGGCACCGCAAAGGGUGGGUCCCCGAGAGCACGAGUGGCGGCGUACAAAGUGUGUUGGUCUCUGACGGACCCAGCCGGUUGUUACGGUGCCGACGUGUUGGCUGCUAUCGACCAAGCCAUCGACGACGGCGUGGAUGUCAUCAAUCUUUCAGUUGGUGGCAGUUACGUUGUGACCCCCGAAGGAAUAUUCACCGACGAAGUUUCCAUCGGGGCCUUCCAUGCCAUUUCUAGAAACAUAGUGGUAGUUGCCUCUGCUGGAAAUAAUGGACCAACACCUGGCUCUGCGGUGAAUGUGGCUCCUUGGGUCUUCACCAUCGCCGCUAGCACCAUAGACAGAGAUUUCAGUAGCAAUUUAACCAUUAACAACAAUCAGCAAAUCGAGGGAGCGAGUCUUUUUGUAAACUUGCCACCGAACAAGGCCUUUUCUCUGAUCCUUUCCACCGAUGCUAAACUUGCGAAUGCAACAUUUCGAGACGCUGAACUAUGUAGGCGUGGAACACUUGAUCCUGCAAAAGUAAAGGGCAAAAUAGUGCGUUGUAUUCGAGAUGGAAAGAUAAAAUCAGUUGCUGAGGGUAAUGAAGCUCUUUCUUCAGGCGCACAGGGAAUGAUUUUGGGCAAUCAAAAGCAAAAUGGUAAAACAACUUUUGGCGAGCCUCAUGUUCUGUCCACUGUGGGCACAAACAAGGACCAUGCAGGGGGACAGUCUGAUUUUUUCUUAACUGCAACGGACCCUAUAAAAUCAGGUGCUACCAUAAGAAUGUCCCCAGCAAGGACGUUGUUUGGAAGAAAGCCAGCUCCAGUUAUGGCUUCAUUCUCAUCUAGAGGACCCAAUAAGAUUCAACCAUCGAUACUCAAGCCUGAUGUGACUGCACCUGGUGUGAACAUACUUGCUGCCUACUCAGAAUUCGCAAGUGCAUCAACCUUGCUAACAGACAAUCGUCGUGGGUUUAAAUUUAACGUAUUGCAAGGAACAUCUAUGUCUUGCCCUCAUGUUGCUGGCAUCGCUGGACUUCUCAGAACACGUUAUCCUAGUUGGAGUCCUGCUGCUAUAAAAUCAGCAAUCAUGACCACAGCAACCACACUUGACAACACAAACAGGCCAAUACAGGAUGCGUUUGCUAAAACACUGGCAACUCCCUUUGCUUAUGGCUCAGGACAUGUUCAACCUGACCUUGCCAUUGAUCCUGGCCUCGUUUACGAUCUAGGCCUCACUGAUUACUUGAACUUCUUAUGCGCUUCUGGAUACGACCAACAACUCGUUUCUUCUCUCAACUUCAACAGAACUUUCAUUUGUUCAGGCACUCACAGUGUAACAGAUUUGAACUACCCUUCGAUCACGUUGCCAAAUCUAGGCUUAAAAGCCGUAACCAUUACUCGCACGCUAACAAAUGUUGGAACACCAAGCACAUACACUGCAAGUGCCCAAUUACCUGGAUAUAACAUUACCGUUGUGCCAAAUUCCUUGACUUUCAGUAAAGUUGGUGAAAAGAAGACAUUUAAGGUGACUGUGAAGGCAAGUAGUGCAACUAAGAGGAGAACUUAUGAAUUUGGAGAAUUGCGAUGGACAGAUGGAAAACAUAUAGUAAGAAGUCCUAUCACUGUAAAACGCAGAUGAAAUUUCCCAAUGGAUAAUCAGAUGUACGUUUGACUCCGGCUAGGUUCUCAUCUCAUGUUAUGGGAACGGUUGUGUUGUUUUGUUUUUCUGGGAUAAUGUCUACGUUUUUGGUUUUUUCUCUAUUGUGUGAUGUAUGUGUGUUUUAUGUAUAAUAAGAACAUUAAUAAUGGAGGUGCUGGCAAGUCCGCAACACAUGCCAACUUUUUUCUCAAA